CGUCAAACGCAUGAGUGCUGCCGUUUUUCCUGAAACAAUUCAACUAUUCAUUAACGUUGGCACACCAUCUCAUAAUACGAUAAGAGAGGGAAUGGUUCAUGUCUAAGUUCACAAUGCAAAAUAUUUUGUGCCACCCUGAAACAAAGGUCGUGAUUCACCUGUCUCAAAGGUUCAAGUAACCUUGGAAGAAAAUAAGACAAGGCUUCCUCUCAUGUCUUGAUAGAUGAUCUAAUCCGACUGCCGGACCUCUAAGGCCCACCAUUUUACUCUAAAAUUGUCCUUCAAUCAUAUCAUUUCACCUUGGCCCUCUUUGUUCUUCAAGAAUGACGUCAUUCAGGUAGACCUCAAAUAAUGCUUUUAGAGCAUUGCAGGUGCAAAGAGGAUUGUUAUUGGUGAUAUAGGAUAAGAAGUGAUGAGCCAAUCUUCGAGCGCGAAAAACAAUAUCUGUGCUGAUGCCGAGCCUUUCCAUGAAGCCUUAGUGAAUGAAAUCCCUGCAUGUGAUUUACAUCCCCCAUUGAAAAAAAGUAGCGCUCCCAAAAUGAUGAAACCUAGAAGUGAAGGUCAGUUCCAAGUUCGAGAUUCAGGCUCGGAUUCCGAGACUUCGCCCAGUGAUAUUGAGACAUUGAAUGUAAGUGAUCGGCGAUCUCCUCGGCGAUCUCAGUCCAACGUUGUCAGUCAGACGAAUAUCCGGAUUGAUGUGUUGAAUGGACCCAUGAUCUUUGGCCGAGGUAACACGGUCAUUGGCGGGGGAGUGGACCCACCCAAGGCCAAACGGAAAGGGUCAUUUUCUCGGUUGUCGACGGAGCAACGAGCUCAUAUUGAUCGGUGUCUCAAAUCAAAACGACCUUUGGAGGACGAGGAGUUGGCGGGCAUUGCCAGACAUAUCGGAUCCAAGUGGAAAGAUAUUGGCAAUGGGCUCAAGCUCAACUUUGUCUUGCUCGACUCUAUUGACGACGAGAAGGACUCUUUGAGCGAGAAAGUCGAAGUCAUGCUCAAUAGAUGGACGGAAAAGUAUUGUGAACGAGCCUCUGUAGGACGAUUGGCCAAGAUCUUGUUCCAACAUGAGCAUUACCAAGCCUUGGCCGCACUAUCGCCUUGAAAUGGAAGGACAACCCUGUUUAUUAGAAAACUAAAACUUGUCAGGAGUUUGGUUUCGAUGUUGGCAAGUCUCAGAAAGUGGUCUUUACAUCACACUGAAGAGGCAAGGCUGGAAUCUCUCUCUUUCUAAUAUACACGCUUUCCCGCGACGAGAUUCAACUUGUUGAAAAUAGUAAAAUUAUAUGCCAUGCCUUUAUUGAAUUCCCCAACCACUAAAUCUUUGCUUUCCCCACCUUCAAUUAUUGAUAAACACUUACAGCAAUAAAUACGGUUUGUCGAAAACCCUU